AUGCCAAUUGAGGAUAAUAUUGAUCCCUCAAAAUAUUCUUUUGAAAUUAUUAGUGAUCUUAGAAGUCAAUUAAUGGAGUUAGAAAGGAAGAGGAAUUUAUUACAAGAUAACCUUAACAAUAUACAUAAAUAUCCCUCUAAUGCUAGGUUACUAGAUAUUAUUCAAGAGAGAAAGGAAGAAAUGAAAACACUAACGAAAAGGUUACAUCAUCUAGAAGAGGAAGAAAAUCCAGAAAAUGAAAAGAUCAUUGAAGAAUUGAUUGAAUCGAGACGUUUAGCAGAAAAGGAGCUAGCUAUACGAACCAGAAUGUCACUAGCAUUACUUGGAGUCAUUAAGGAAUCGGUGAAUCCAAAAAGUUUACAUGAAUUCUUGGUAUGUUUUUUUGACAAAUUUAUCUUUAAAAAGACGUGUGCUUCGUUGAAAUAUACAAACAUACAUUACUAA